CACUGUUGAACCAAUAACCACUGUUGAACCAACAACUACACCAGCACAAACCACCCAGGGACCAACAAACACAGAUGCACCAACUACCACACAGGGACCAACAAACACAGAUGCACCAGCAACCACACAAGGACCAACAAACACAGAUGCACCAACAACAACACAGGGACCAACAAACACAGAUGCACCAACAACCACACAGGGACCAACAAACACAGAUGCACCAACAACCACACAGGGACCAACAAACACAGAUGCACCAACAACCACACAGGAACCAACAAACACAGAUGCACCAACAACCACACAGGGACCAACAACUACACCUGAACCAACAACCACACAGGGACCAGCAACUACACCUGAACCAGCAACCACACAGGGACCAACAAACACAGAUGCACCAACAACCACACAGGGACCAACAAACACAUAUGCACCAACAACCACACAGGGACCAACAAACACAGAUGCACCAACAACCACACAGGGACCAACAAACACAGAUGCACCAACAACCACACAGGGACCAACAAACACAGAUGCACCAACAACCACACAGGGACCAACAACUACACCUGAACCAACAAUCACACAGGGACCAGCAACUACACCUGAACCAACAACCACACAGGGACCAACAAACACCGAUGCACCAACAACCACACAGGGACCAACAAACACAGAUGCACCAACAACCACACAGGGAUCAACUAACACAGAUGGACCAACAACCACACAGGGAUCAACUAACACAGAAGGACCAACAACCACACAGGGACCAACGACCACAAUUGAAGUAACAACUG